AUGUUGGUGAUAAGAUGGCUGCCGUGUUUUCCAGUGAGAAAAAAAUUCUGCAAGCCGGGAGAGCGGAGUGUCGUUGUUUCCGCGAUGGUUUUUUUUUCGAAUUUUCCCCGGGUUAAACAACGGGAUAGCGGAGUGUUGUAGUAUUCGCUGUGAAAAAAUAUUUGAAUUUUUAAAUUGCCCGCCUGCUUUUUGAACAGAGUUUUUUUUUUGAAAUUUUGAAUUUUCCCCGGGCAAUUGCUAAACAACGGGAAAUCGGAGUGUCGUAGUUUUUUUUUUUGCAAAUAAAAAAUCGCGUCACUUUUCCUCGAUUAAAUCAUGUGGAAAAAUUGUUCGCUGCAAAAAAGGGUGCAAAAUGUUUUUUCCAAGAAAAAAUAUCUGAGGCGGGAAAUUCGAAAAUUCAAAUUUUUUCAAAUAAAAAAAAACAACGACACUCCGCUUUCCCGUUGUUUAACAAGUGCGCGGCAAAUUCAAAUUUUCAAACAAAAAACGACGACACUCCGCAGCGCGAAAAUGUGAAAUUCAAAAUUUUGCAGGAGCGAACACUUCCAGCCGGAAUUCACGAAGUUCCCUUCUCCUACACUCUUCCAAAAUCCCUUCCAAGCAGUUUCGAAGGCGAAUUCGGACAUAUUCGAUAUACAUGCAAAGCGAUUUGUGAAAGACCGUGGGAUUUUGAUAUUGUGACACGAAAAGCGUUUACUGUAAUCGGAAUUGAGGAUAUUAAUUCGGAUGCGAAAUUGAAUGAGCCAACAACAUUUUGCGAAUCAAAUCAGUCUGUCACUUUUUGUUGUCGAAGUUCGGGAAGUGUUUCGGGAGAGAUUCGGGUUCCGAAAAUUGGAUAUACGCCUGGUGAGAAAAUUGAUGUUUCUUAUAAGUGAGUUGGAAGUUUUGGGCUCUUUUUUUUUAAUUUUGAAUUUUUAAAUUUCCCGCCUAGUUUCUGUAGCGGAGUAUCGUAGUUUCUCAAUUUUAAAAUUUGAAUUUUUGAAUUUCCCGCCUGUAGCGGAGUAUCGUAGUUUUUAUAUAAAAAUUUUAAAUUUCCCGCCAAUGAAUUGUGCAAUGGGAUAGCGGAGUAUCGUAGUUUUUCAAUUUGAAUUUUUUUUUGAAUUCUUGAAUUUCCCGCUUGUUUUCUGUAGCGGAGUAUCGUAGUUUCUCAAUUUGAAAAAUAUUUUUGAAAUUUUGAAUUUCCCGCCACUUAAUUUUGCAACGGGAUAGCGGAGUGUCGUAGUUUCUCAAUUUUAAAAUUUGAAUUUUUAAAUUUCCCGCCUAGUUUCUGUAGCGGAGUAUCGUAGUUUUUUAGUUUGAAAAUUUUGAAUUUUUUAGUUUCCCGCUUGUUUUCUGUAGCGGAGUGUCGUAGUUUUUUAUCUAAAAAAAUAUAAUUUUUGAAAUUUUGAAUUUCCCGCCACUUAAUUUUGAAACGGGAUAUCGGAGUAUCGUAGUUUCUCAAUUUGAAUUUUUUUUUGAAUUCUUGAACUUCCCGCUUGUUUUCUGUAGCGGAGUGUCGUAGUUUUUUAAAUUUCAAAUACCUGCAAAAAUACGUUUCAAAAAAUAAUUUUAUAAAUUUUUUUGGAACAAAAAAAUUAAGCUGAAAAAAAUUUCAGACUUUUUUUUUCCAGAGUCACCAACAACAGCUCAAAAAAUCGUCAAAUCUCCAUACGUUUCAAUCAAACCACAACUUAUCGGUAAGCUUUUGGUAUUUUUGACGCCAAAAAAAUUUUCAAAAUUUUUCCAGCGCCAAAACCUUCGCCGGAAGUGAGCACAUCAAAAAUGUCUCGCGAUCAAUUCUAAAAAUCGAAAAAGGCGAAUGCGCGGCCAGAAGUUCCAUCGAUUGGCAAAAAGAGAGUCUAACAAUUCCGUCGCUGCCUCCGAAACUCGGAAAAUGCAAAAUUCUAUCGGUUGCCUAUUCAGUUGAACUUGAUGUGAGUUGCGGAAUUGCGGAAUUGCGGAGUGUCGUAAUUUUUUUUCAGGUAGAUCAAACUCUAACCGUUCCUUGUAACAUUGUGAUUGGCUCAAUUCCCCAAUUAUCACAAUUAUUGAUUCAUUCAAAACAAUCGACUGGGAAUUCUGGAAAUUCGGUGACAAAUGGAAGUUUGGCACCGAAAAGUUCAAUAAAAGAUAGUCCGCCAAGGAUAGAGGAUAAUAGUUGUGUACAGGUAGGAUCUACGGAUGCCACGUCAUAGUAUUCCUCUUCCAGAUCUCAAUAACAGAUGAAUGCGGUCAAACGGUGGAAGAAGAACUAGGAAACGAGAUGGAAGCCCUGUUAUCAUCCAGGAAACGCGUUCGAAUGCCAAGUUCGAUUCUAAGCGAGCUAUAUCCAACUAUGCCAAGUCCUUAUUAUAAGUUAGUUUAACUCAGCUCAAAAUUCUGCACAUUUUGAUAUAUUUUUCACCGCUAGAUCUUCAAUUUAAAGGAAGAUCGUGGCGAGACCCACACUAUGCGCCUUUAAGAAACUGUUCCCCAAGAAGCUCAUCUUGUAGAGCUCAAAAUUCCCCACAUUUUGGUAUAUUUUUCACCGCUAGAUCUUCAAUUUAAACGGAGAUCGUGGCGAGACCCAUUAUGCGCCUUUAAAAACUAUUCCCAGAAGGUGCUCAUCUUGUAGAGCUCGAAAUUCCCCACAUUUUGCUAUAUUUUUCACCGCUAGAUCUUCAAUUUGAAGGGAGAUCGUGGCGAGACCCAUUAUGCGCCUUUAAGAAUUUGUUUUCCAGAGAAUCAUUUUUCGGCUCAUCGGACAUAUCAGAGGAAAAAGAGCAGGCACAGUUUGGCGAAACUCAAUUUGCUCCAAAAUAUCCGUUUUAUACUGAUGAAUAA